ACAUUAACACCACAUGUCACCAACUACCACCGCCGUUACUUAUGUCACCUAGCCAUACCACCACCAGCCGCACAUCCACCAUCUCUCCUUACCUAAAGGGCCACCUCCACCCUUUAACAAGCACCAUCAUAACCCACAUGAAUAAAACCAGUAACCUCUGAUAGCAAACACCAUGAAAUAUACUAUCUCUACCACCACCACCACCACCAUCACCAUUUACGCCAAAACCCCUAUCACCGAUCCCUCGCCCAAAAACUACCACCUACACCAGCUCCGCCAAAGCCCCACUAUUAUCAUGUAAGUACUUAGACUAUUAAACGUAUCUGCUGAGAAAAACGAGCGACAUAUUCCACUGAGACUGGGGAGGCGUGGAGGUAAAGACUCUGUGUCCAACUUUCACAUGUUUUCGGGUUGACCUGAAUUGAGAUGAUUCUAAAAAAGUAAAUGAAAAUAUCAAAAGAAUGAUGGACUAAAAAUGGUAAAUUAAUUCCCUUGCUUAGCAGUCCUGCCAGCCAGUGUCUCAGAGAUUCCUUCUAAUUCGCCUGAUUUGACGGGGCUUUGGGUAAAAUAGCCAUACACACCCCUAAGCACGUAUACACCUAAAGAAAAUGCAGCAAGUACUUUAAACAAAUAACGCACGUAGACACACACACAAAAUAAUGUUCAUAUUGUGAUAGAGAGAGAGAGGGGGGGACUGAGGGAGAGACAGAGAAACAGAGUGAAUAUCAUACAUACAUACAUACAUACUCUAUACCGGCAACUUCUUAUCAAUUUAAUAUUUCUCUUGUCAUUCAUUGCUUCUGUUACCCACUUAAAAGCCAAAUCAUUUCGGGGUGGCGAAGAAAACAAGGCGAGAGAGACAAUCUUUAUUACAAUACGACUAUGUGGUGUCUCGCUUCGGUUUUGCUGUUUAUCACGGGGUUACCCUCUGGCAAUAGCGAAAAAACUGAGAAAGAAAACUUACUGUGUCUUCAGUUUUUCAAUGGAACCAUUGCACACCCCCUUUACUUACAAGUCAUGGAGACUGCCAGUAAGGGUUCCGUAAUUCGACAGUUCAAUGUACCAAAAGAUGGUAAACAUAAAGUGUUUAUGAACGAGGGUGACACCGAGUAUUUGCGAUAUGAUAGUUCAACUCAAAGUCUUGUCGUCAAUGGAGAAUUAAAAACACGAACGAGAUCUGUCCUCUCUCUGACCGGUAUAUGUAUUCAUGUUCUUAAAUCAUACAAUCAUGUUUUCAAUAUAACUCUCCAAAUCUUCGUCAACGUUACAGAAAUCAAUGAUCCGCCAUUCUUCAUAAAUCUGCCGAUGACUCUGGAAAUUUCCGAGAAAACCAAAAGUGGCGAACUGAUAUAUCAAGUUGAAGGAGGUGACCUACACGAUGUUAGCAGAUCUGAAGUAAGAUAUCAACUACUGGGGAUUUCUGCGAGAAAUACACAGGAAAAUGUCGAUGAUAUGUUUACAAUGGAUAAGAGCGGUAGAGUAUUUCUCGAGCGACCUUUGGAUUUUGAUCACGGCAUAAGAUUUUAUGAAUUAGAUAUUGAAAUAACAGAUUCUGAUCCAAACCCUUUAAAUAACAUCUCGAAAUUAACGAUACGAGUUAUGGACGAAGACGAUCAAUCGCCAAAAUUUCUACACAAACAAUAUAAACUGAUUUUAAUCGGAGAGAAACCAGUCGUGAAAGAUGAAUGCGUUGACGUAACACCAAAAAUGAAGGCGGAAGAUAAGGAUCCGGUGAAGAAAUCUCCGAUUAAAUAUGUAAUUACUGAUGGAUCUCCACCAAACUGGAAGACUUAUUUUCGAAUGCAAGAAGAUAACGGAACCCUCUGCCAGCUGAAGACCAUUGAGAGAAUUUCUAGAAGUCGUGGAGAUUCGUCAAUUAAGCCCUACUUUCCGUCUUUUGAUCUAACAGUGAGAGCCUACCAGACAGACAAUCUUCAGCGAAAGGACACUGCUAAGCUCAACAUUCAGGUGACUGAUCAGAACUUACACACACCGUCGUUCAGCAAAAAGCUCUACCGAGGACAAAUCAAUGAGUAUCCCAGUUUGAAAACAAACGAUAUUAUCCUCAACGUUACCGCCAUUGAUGAAGACUACGGAAGAAAUAAAAUGUUUCAUUACGAAUUAGUAAAAAAUUUCAACGAGGGAUUCCGAAUUGAUAAGAAUACUGGAAUUGUGUAUGUGUCUAGGCCAUAUGUGGUUGAUAGAGAACUUAAAAGUGAGAUACAGCUUGAGGUGCGUGCUGUUGAAACUAAAAGUGAAGAGAGAAAAGUGAGCAACCCUAAUGCAAGGAUCCUUCUCGAAGUAAAAGAUAUUAAUGAUAAUACGCCGAAGUUCAGAAAGCAAUUCUACAAAUAUGAAAUAAAGGAUAACAUUCCAUUCAAUGAACCUGUACAUUCGCCUACAGAGAGCAUUGAUGCAUUUGAUCCUGAUUUAGCAGAGAACGGUACCGUUGCUUACACAAUUAUUGAAGUCACCAGAAAAGGUGGCGGAACAUCCUUCAAUGACAUAAGCCGUUUCAAAAUGGAUGAAGGCGGAAAUCUUAAAGUCGGUCAAAGUCUAAGAGAUUUACGACGAAAAGGUAUUUUCCCAGAGUAUCGAAUCAUUAUUAAAGCAGAAGAUCAAACAGAAGACAUCAGUUCGCGGCGGUCAGCUACAGCUGAAGUAUCUGUCAACGUUCUCGAAGCCAAUGACUAUUCUCCUCACUUCGAAACGCCACGUGUAUCGGUGUCAAUAAGUGAAGCAACAGCUAUAGGAUCGAGGGUGACGAAACUACAAGCGACAGACAAAGACGGAGAUGAGGAUCUUUAUCUAACUUACACUAUUAUUGGUGGCAAUGAAGAUAACACAUUUCGUAUCUCUAAAAGUGGCUAUUUAUCUUCUGCUAAAGCCUUGGACAGGGAAAUGAAAGACAAAUAUGAAUUGAUUGUUCAAGUUUCUGAUGGUGUUCACAAAGUUGAAUCAUCAGUUACCAUCACCAUCGAUGAUGUAAACGAUCAUGCACCUGAAUUUACCAAGUCCAACUACGAAUUCAAUUUGAUGGAGAAUGUCACUAUUGGACAAAUUGUUGGGCAAGUUACUGCUCUAGACAAAGAUAAUGGUAUCAAUGGAAAGUUAACAUACAGUCUUUCUGGCAAAGGCAGUCAAUAUUUUGGUAUAAAAUCGAAUGGAGAAAUCUUUGUGAAAAGUUUGAGUACAUUCCUUGAUAAAGAACAAAAUGAUAAUAUAAUUCUACAAGUUAAAGCAACAGAUGCAGGAAUUCCUCCAAGUCAUGAUGUUGCGAGUAUAAAUAUUGAAAUACUUGAUGUGAAUGACAAUGCACCUGUAUUUAGCCGCCAGAAAUAUCAGGGAUACAUCGAAGAGACCUCGCCAUCCUCAAGCAAGAAUACAUUUGUGAAAAUGGAACAGAAAAUUGAAGCCAAAGAUGCUGACAAAACAAGGAAGAACCAAAAUAUCAGAUACAGUUUGUCAGGUCCUGGAAGUUUCAAAUUCUCGAUUCAUCCUGUUGUAGGGACAGUGAGAGUAAAGAAAUCGUCUACGAUCGACUGUGAAACCAAAUGUGAAUACCGAUUAGUGGUAAUAGCCCAUGACCAACUAGGGAGAGGCCUUAGGGGACAAUCUACAUUGCUAAUUUCUGUUAACGACAUUAACGAUAACGUUCCUUACUUUGAAGACACCCCUGUUAUCAACAUUGAACCCUGGACUAGAGUAGGUACCAAACUGAAGACUCUAAAAGCCAUUGACAAGGAUGUUACUGCUAAAAACAAUAAAGUUAUAUACCUUUUAAAAUCUGGUGGUGUUGGCAAAUUUCAAGUGGAUUUUGAAACUGGUGAACUUACAACUGUUGAUAUAAUUACACGUGAGCCCCAACAGGAAACAUAUACACUCGAUUUACAGAUAAUUGAUUCAGGGGAACCCCGUCUUUCUUCUAAAGGUCAAGUUAUUAUCCACACGUCAGUGAAUAAACCACCAGCUGUCAUGAAGAAACAUUACUUUAAAGUACAAGAAAAUGUUACACCCGGUUUCACUGUAGGCAAAAUUAAUGCUUCUGAUCCUAAUACCAACACAAGUAUGAAGGAGAAACUGAAAUUUUCAAUCUCCGACUCUGACAAUUUACCCUUUACUAUCGAUGAAAAUACGGGAAUGGUGGUUACUAAAACAUUGCUCGACGCGGAGACAACCUUAAGCUAUACAUUUCAGAUAUUGGUGGCAGAUAGUGGAUAUCCUUCAAAUACCGUUUCGUCAACUGUAAGCGUUGAUAUUAUCGAUGUUAAUGAUAAUCCACCAAAAUUCUCUCAACAGUUAUAUUCUGCAACUCUCGUUGAAGAUAAUUCUAAGCCAAUUCAAAACCAACAAGUAAAGUUUGAGACCCCAAUGGUUAUAUCUGACUCAGAUCAUAAUGUUGCCUUCCAAGCUGUAAAAUUCCAGCUGAGCGGAAAUAAUAGUGAAUUAUUUCACAUUAAUUCUGUCUCUGGAGAAAUCACAGUAAACACACCUGGUUCCAUUGACUGUGAAACACGUCCUCAUUUCAAUUUAACAAUUAUUUCAUAUAAUGUGGUGGAACCUCAGCUUAAAACCCAAGCCUCUUUAAUUAUUAACGUGACAGAUGUUAAUGAUAAUGCCCCCAUAUUUAAUGAACAGAUGGAAUUCUACUCACAUCCUUCUGCGCCUGUUAAUUCAACGCUGGGGAAAGUUGUUGCAAAAGAUAAUGAUUAUUCGUCAAUUAAUAAUCAAAUCGACUACUUUUUACUGAAUGGAAGUUUUGAUAAGUUUACCGUCGAUAAAAACUCAGGAGAGAUUCGAAUAUCAGAUGAACUCUCCAGAGAACCGCUUCGUGAAGAAUACUCGUUGAAUAUUUUGGCAGAAGAUUCUGGAAAUCCUAAGAAAAGUAGCCAAAUUCAAGUAAAAAUCAAAGUCCCUUUCAACAAGCCACCAUCCCUUCCAAAAAGACAUCAAUUUGAAGUGGCCGAAAAUGAGAGAAUUGGUACUAUUAUCGGAUCAAUCAAGGCUGAAGACGAAGAAAUAGCGACUGGAAGUGAUUCUGCUAAUAGCUUAGAAUAUCAUCUUACCAGUGAAACAGGACCUUUUGUUAUUGACAAGAUGAAAGGCCAUUUGAAAACGCAGCAGAUACUUGAUGCCGAAACGGUCAAUGAAUACAAGUUUUUAGUAAGCGUAAUAGACCGCGGAAUUCCUGAAUACACAGUUACAACUUCAGUUCAUGUUAUUGUUAAAGAUAUCAAUGAUAAUCCCCCACAAUUCAACUCUCCAUUUGGAUAUAAAUCUUAUAUUCUUGAAGGAUUUGAAGGCGUUUUACCAAUUCAACCGGAACUUACUACAUCAGAUGCUGAUAUAAUGGAAGAAAACCAAAUAGUAACAUAUAGCCUAGAUGAAAGUGAAAGCGAGGGCUUUGUGAUCGAUUCUAAAACAGGUGAUGUCUCUGUUAAACCUGGACAUCAUCUUGAUUGUGAAUACCGUAGUAGCUACUUACUAAACAUUACAGCUAAAAAUAAUAUGCAAAUGGCAACUAGCAGUUUGGAAAUAAUAGUUCAAGACUUAAAUGAUCAUACACCAGAGUUUCUCGGGGAAUACGAAUUCCAUGUUGAUCCCAAAACAUCAGUUGGCAAGGUUAUAGGCCAGGUUCAUGCUGUUGAUAGAGAUCAGUCAGCAAAAAACAAUCAAUUUGGAUUCUUUCUUCAAAAUGGCAGCUGGGACAAAUUUUCAGUUGACACCCAAACAGGUGAGAUAAAAGUUGCCGAUGAUUUGACCAGAGAACCACAGAAACGUUUGUAUGAGUUGAAUAUCAGAGCAAUAGAUUUUGGCUACCCCUCUUUAUCAUCGAGCACAAUUGUAAAGAUUGAGGUGCCAAUAAAUAAACCAGUCACAAUUGCACCCAACAACAUUUUUCAUGUCUCAGAAGGUGUUAAAAUUGGAACCAAAGUUGGCUCAGUAAAUGCAACAGAUCCGGACGGAGCGUUAGGAAGUAACCAGACGUUAUGGUACAUCCUCAUUGACAAAGAUGUGCCUUUCCAAAUAAAUAAUAAGAGUGGUAUCAUCGUAACGACAGCAGAAUUGGACACGGAGUCAAUGUCAACGUACCAGUUUGGAGUAGAGGUUUUUGACAAUGAUCCAGCUCCAACAACAGCAACAGCAACAGUUACAGUGGUUGUUGAAGAUGUCAAUGACAAUCCACCAAUACUGUCCUCUAAGGUGUAUAAGGCGUCAGUUGUUGAAAACCAGACGAAUAUUGGCCCCGUAAUCUUAUCUUUGAGUCCCAGCCUUUCAGUUGAAGAUAAAGACAAGAACCCUAUAAACAGAAAAGUUCGUUAUUUUCUGAAGAGAUCCAAUGCUUCGUUGUUUAAGAUUCAUCCAAAGACAGGCAUCAUCAAAGUUAAAAAGACUUCACAGUUUGAUGCCGAGACUGAAGACAAAUACAUAUUAGAGAUUGUAGUAUAUGAUGGAAUACACCGAAAUAAGUCAAAACUGGUUGUUAACGUCGAAGACAUCAACGAUAACCCACCGGUAUUUCCAAAGACUUAUUCCUACCAAGUUGGACCUCUUACUUCAAUUGGUACUAAAUUUGGUAAAGUCGAAGCACAAGAUAGUGAUGCUACUAGAAGGAACAAUCGGGUUUUGUACGUAUUGAUCCAAGGAUCCGCCGGCAAGUUUGGAGUUGAUUUCAUCACAGGUGAAUUAUAUGUCUCCAGCAACCUGACAGACAAUACCCAAGGGGAAGAAUACAACCUGGUUAUCCAAGCAUUUGACACUGGUGAACCGAGUCUUUCUGGUUUCGCAAAGGUGAGGAUACGUGUGACGCUGAACAAACCACCAAUCGUGAAUGACACUUAUGUAUUCUUUGUCAAAGAAAACAGCACAACCACCACUGAAAUAGGGAAAAUUACAGUGACCGAUCCUGAUAUGAAUCAAAAUCCACAAGAAGAAAUUGUCUACGUCAUAUCAGAUAUUACAGGUAUGUUUACCAUGAACUCUGAAACUGGUUUGAUCCAAACGCAAUCACUUCUUGACCGUGAACAACAGGAACAAUAUAUUUUCACCGUUUCUGUUAUAAACAUCGGUGCCCCGACCCAUACAGUUAGUACCACUGUGAAGGUAAUAGUUGAAGAUAUCAACGAUAAUGAGCCAAUCUUUAAAUCAACUGUGGGAUAUUACGGAACUUAUACCGAAACUGAUUUGUCUGGAGUUGUGAAAUUGAAUCAGGAAAUUAUUGCAACCGAUGCAGAUGCUGAGGAAUAUAACAGGGAUAUUGUCUACAACUUAUCAGGAGGAGGUGCUCAGCUGUUCACCUUUAACGUUCUAGAAGGUACAAUUCGUGUGAAACAUCCGGUUAACAUUCGCUGUGAUGUUGUAGACACAUAUGACUUGAAGGUAACUGCCAUUGACCAAGGAGGUGUUGGCCAUAAAACCGAAACCAGUCUUAAAAUUGUCAUCCAGGAUAUAAAUGACAAUGCUCCAAUAUUUAAAAAGCAGUAUAAAUUUAAAACUCCAAUCACAGCAAAAGUAGGAACAAAAGUUGGUUCCGUUAGUGCCAUCGACUCAGAUUGCAGUCUUCAGAAUAACCGAAUUACAUAUUUGCUCAAAGAUGGAGGUUUUGGCAAGUUCAAAAUUGACCAAGACAAAGGUGAUAUAACCGUUGCUGAUAAUCUUGUUCGAGAACCAGUUGAAACAAAGUAUAACAUUGUGGUACAAGCUAUAGAUAAUGGAGCGCCCGGUCUUUCCAGUAGUACAAAUAUCACUAUACUUGUUCCGCUAAAUCACCCACCAACUAUAAAACGAAGUUUUUACUUCUAUGUAUUAGAAAACAACAAAGCUGGUAUAUUCAUAGGGAACGUAGUUGCAGAUGAUCCUGAUUUACAAAAAGUAAAAGGAGAGAAGUUAACAUUUUUCAUCGCUGAUAAAUCAGGUGAGAACAUUUAUUUACAACUGUAUUUCACCAAGCCAGCAAGCGAGAUUCAUCUUGAUUGCUCGUCUAAAAAUAUGACUGUGAUUGAUAAAGAUGCUACAGCAAACAACAGACAAAUACAAUUCAGCCUGAAAGGAGCAAAAAGUGAUCUGUUCAAGAUUAACUCUAAAACAGGUACUAUCUACGUUGCACGUCCUGGUAACAUAGACCGAGAGUUUGAUCGUCAGUUUCAUCUAAAGGUCUUUUGUUUAACGUAUGAAGACGAUACAUUAUCACACGUGAAUAUGGCCCCACGACGUUUAAACUUCUCUACCUGUCUCAGCGAUGUUCCAUUAGCAUGCAGAACGCAUUUGGAAGACUUUCUCUUGACGACCAAUGUGGGCCACUCAACGGAGGCUGACCUUAAUAUCCACGUGCAAGAUGUUAAUGAUCACAAACCACGCUUCGUACAAGAAUCAUAUGAAUUUUCUCUUCCGUCCAUUGUUAAAGCUGGCUAUAAGAUCGGUCAGUUAAUUGCCAUUGACAGAGAUAGCACCAGUCCUAAUAACAAACUAUUGUACAUAUUUAAUUCUGAUACACUCGGGAAAUUCAAAAUUGAUAUCGAAACAGGAGUUUUGACACUGCUUGAAGGGUUCUUUUCAAAACCCCGUCAGUCCACCUACACUUUUACUGUGGCUGCCAUGGACAUGGGGUUUCCUUCCCGAAAGACCAAAGCACAAGUCAUUGUAAAUGCACCACAUAUGGUUUACAAUGACUAUCCACCUAAAUUUGAAGGUCAUAACGUAUUCAUUAUUAAAGAAGAAAUGCCUGUUGGUUCCCUUGUGGGUACUUUAAAAGUUACUGAUGAAGACAAGAAGAAAAACAACAGCAUUCAUUUAAGAAUAGAUCCAAAAGACGAACCAUAUGUGCCUUUCACGCUUAAAAACGAUGGUUCCAUAAUAACAACGAAAGUUAUUGAUAGGGACGCUGGCUACGAACAUUUUAGAUUUACAGUUCAUGCCACUGAUACGGGGAGCCCUCCGCACAAUACCAGUCAGGAAGUGGGAAUCAUUGUCAAUGAUAUCAACGACAACCCGCCACAUUUUACAAUGGAAACAUACCAACACAUGGUCUCCACUAACUUUCCUGGAUCCACUAUCGUUGCCACACCGUUUGCGUUCGACGAUGUCGACAAAACAGAUUCUGUGUAUCAGUACAAACUUCAUGGAAAAAAUCCGGGAUAUUUUUAUAUUAACGACCAAACAGGGGUUGUAAGGACGACCAAUUUGGCCAGGAAUUUGAAGGCUGGUAUGAUGGAAUUCACCAUUGUUGCACAGGACAUGUACAAUAAAAGCUUGACAGCUGAAGCUAAGCUUAUAGUUCGAGUUAUGAAGAAAUUUUGCUGCCGUGUACCCUGUUGAUGUAAAUUAUUGCUAAAUUUGAAUUAAUUUGCAAUCACACUGACAAUUAUAAUUAUCCACUUCUACGAGGUCGUUAAUUAAUUAAAAAUCUACGAUAGGAACAAUCAUAUAUGUAAAUGUUUUACAGCUGACCAUUAAAAUGUUUGCCGUUAGGAUGUUUAUAAAUUGAAGUUUUCAAACAAACACACAAUGUACGCACGCACCCACGCACCCACAAAUACAUGUGCACACGUCCAUACUUAUAUAUAAGCAACCAUGUGUGUGUGUGUUCUGUAAAACAAUGAGGUUAAACGCCUUUUUGUGUAGAACAGCAAAGUACUUGCUGUUCUACAAAAUACGUGCUUGCCGAGUUUGGUAAAGAGUAUAUAUAUAUAAUAAAAAGAAAAUGGAGAAAUUGAUAUACAAACAUCAAUUUAUUGAAACACCAAAUCCAAUUUCAAACAAUAGAUCCUACAAUCGUUUCCAUGCCCAAUUAAUUCAAAUUAGAAUAAUUAAAUUAGAGACUCAUAUUGAAUAUAGUUAAUUGAACAUUUCGUCAGGGUCAGAACUUGAGUUUACCAAUGAUAUAUCAACACACUGGGAUGUAGUUCCUUUUUCUAUCAAGCUCUAACCCUGACGAAAUGUUCAAUUGACUAUAUUCAAUAAGAAUCGCUAAUUUAAUCUUUCUAAUUUGAAUUAAUUGGGCGUGGAAACGAUUGAUAUUCGAAAUUGGAUUUGCUUCAAUAAACUGGUGUCUAUAUAUCAGUUUCUCCAUUUUAUUUUUUAUUAUAUAUAAAUGGUAAUAUACCCAUGUCCAUCAAUGUGAAGCUAACAUCUUUUAGUAUUUCACUGAUACACCGGAUAAAACCGGGGAACCUGAAUAUUGACAUCCUUUUAUAUCCU